AUGAAAGAUAAUGAACUACCUCCAGUUUGUGCUUAUUUGGGAAUCAUGAUCUACUGUCAUGACUGUAAGACUAGAAAACGUGAUCUAGUAGAUACUUUCUUCAAACUUAGACUGUCUGUCAUCUACAACCAAGUGUUAGAAAUUUCUACUUCCAUGGCCAAUGAUGCUUGUCGUCGUUAUGUCCAAGAAGGUAUUGUUUGCCCUACCAAUCUACAACGAAAUGCGUUUACCUCAUCUGCUGUAGACAACAUUGGUCACAAUCCAAGCAGUAUCUCGUUAAAAGACAUUCCAUGGUACAGAUACUCUUCAUUCCUUUGUCAUCUAGAUGGCCCUGCAGUUGUUGAUAUUUCACCUCAAAAACAGUUUCACAGAGUAAACGAAACUGAAAGCGUGACAAAUAUAACAUGCACAGCAGAUUGUAACCCCAGAUGUAUAUUGACAUGGACAGGACCUAAUUUGCCUGACAAACUUUCUGGUAUUGCUUCAUCUAUGCUGAAUAUUCCCAAAAUUGCCAGGAACCAAUCAGGAACGUACAAAUGUAAUGCUUCGAAUACUGUUGGUAGCAAGAUUUCAUUACAUAUAAAUAUUAUUGUAAACUUCCUACCAGCAGUGAAUACUAUUUUUGGAAACAGAUCAUUUCAUGAAAACGACACUGCUGUAUUUUCAUGCAAUGUGGAGAGUGUACCAUCUUCGAACAUAACAUGGUUAUUUGCGGAACAGAUCCUUGGAAAAACUCACAUAAAUUUUAUUCACGAUAUACGGGAACAAAACAUCAAUGUCCAAGUUAGUACACUGACUAUCAGACCAGUUGGAUGCUUAUCAAUGGGAAAAUAUACCUGUGCUGCUAACAACAUUAUCGGUGAAGAUACGAAAAAAAUUGACAUCGACGUAAGAUGUUCUCCAAGAGUAAAUUCAAUAGAGUAUAAUGUUACAAAAUUGAUUGCAGUCAAAGACCAAGAGCCUUUAAAUAUAACGGUCCCAAUUAUUGCAUACCCUGCACCUUAUAUUUAUUGGACUUUAAUAAAUAAUAAAACGUCUGUUAAUGUAACACUACAAACUUCAAACAGUGUUAUCAACAAUAGAGUAUUUUCUAGUCUGUAUCUAGAAAAUGUAAUCGAGAAAGAUUUUGGUCAUUAUUACAUUCAUGCCGGCAAUGGAAUGGGUAGUAGAGAAGAUUAUAUAUAUUCCGUCGAAGUAAUUCCUAAAAGGGAGCCCAUGUCACCCUUUUUAUAUAUCGUUUGCAAGUCCACAACAGCCACAAUAAUAUGGAAACCUGGGUUCAAUGGAGACAGUGCUGACAGAUUUUAUGUAAUGUAUUCCGAAAAAGGACAGAAAGUUAUAACAAAACAGGUAGAUCUAAAUGAAUGGGAAGAAUCCUCAGUAUCUACAGUAACUGAAUUAAAACCAGCUAUGGAAUACACCUUCGCUAUAGUUGCUGAAAAUCAGUUUGGACAGUCCAGCUCUCGCACAGAAUUAUGCAUAACUGAUGCUGCAUGUCAACAGGAAAAUGUGAGUGAAUUUAAAAAUAAUGAAAAUACCACCAUGCUCGGUGCAGGCAUUGGGACUUUAGUAGUUGCUUUACUGAUACUAGCUGCAGCAACAGUUUUUGUCAUUCGCAAAAGUAAGUAA